CACCGCGUGCGAUGAGCAUCUCCCCCAGAGGCCAGAGCGUUCCCCGCCACUCCAAACCGCCACCAACGGAUAACACCACUCGGCAAGCUGCGAACUACACACAGUCACACACUCACACUGACACACACCCCAAAGCAGCAGCAGCAGCAGCAGCGAGGCAAAGCUCCAUCCUUUUCUCCUCCGAUCCGUUUCAGCAAAGGCGCGGGAUCCCGUAACAUCACCAGCAAAGAUGCAAGCGUCCUUCCUCUCCUCCUCGAUCCCAGCUACUCCCUGCACCAGGUCGUUCUUGCCGCAGCCUCAGGCUUCCGUGAAACUUCUCCUCCCUCCGGCGCCGGGGCUAGUGAAACUAGGCGGCGCUGCUGCGGCAGCCGCCGUGGCGAGGAGAGCCACGGAGGUAGGCCGGCCAGGGCGGUGCGUGGCGGCGUCCGCGUCAUCGUCCCCGGCCACGGCCGCAGCGGCGACGGAGGUGCCCUCUGAGAUGAAGGCGUGGAUGUACGACACCUACGGGGACGCUAGCGUGCUCAGGCUCGACGGCGCCGUGGCGGUGCCGGCCGUCGGGGAGGACCAGGUGCUCGUGAAGGUCGCCGCCGCCGCGCUUAACCCCGUCGACUCCAAGCGCCGGGCCGGCAAGUUCCAGGCCACCGACUCACCUCUCCCUACCGUACCGGGGUACGACGUCGCCGGCGUCGUGGUGAAGGUGGGCAGCCAGGUCAAGAACUUCAAACAAGGGGACGAGGUGUAUGGCAUGAUCAGCGAGAAGCCCCUGGAGAGGCCGAAGCAGUCCGGCUCGCUGGCGGAGUACACCGCCGUCGAGGAGAAGCUGCUUGCGCUCAAGCCCAAGGGCCUCGACUUCGCGCAGGCUGCCUGCCUGCCGCUCGCCGUCGAGACCGCCAACGAGGGCUUGGAGCGGGCGGGCUUCUCCGCUGGCAAGUCCAUCCUCGUCCUCGGUGGCGCCGGCGGGGUCGGCUCCCUUAGCAUCCAGCUGGCAAAGCAAGUCUACGGCGCGUCCAAGGUGGCCGCAACGGCCAGCACCAAGAAGCUCGAGCUCCUGAAGAGCCUGGGCGCCGAUGUCGCCAUCGACUACAUCAAGGAGAACUUCGAAGACCUGCCGGAGAAGUACGACGUCGUCUUCGACGCAGUAGGUCAGGGCGACAAGGCCGUCAAGGUGGUGAAGGAAGGAGGCAGUGUGGUGGUCCUCACCGGCGCCGUCACCCCUCCAGGGUUCCGGUUCGUGGUCACCUCCAAUGGCUCCGUCUUGGAGAAGCUCAACCCUUACCUAGAGUCCGGGAAGGUGAAGCCGGUCCUCGAUCCGAAGGGACAGUUCCCCUUCUCGCAGGUUGUGGAGGCAUUCUCCUACCUUGAGACCGGGAGAGCUACCGGCAAAGUAGUCAUCUCUCCCAUCCCAUGACUCCAUUAGAGCUGUAAAUUGCAGAGUUUGUUCGCUGGCCAUUUGAGAGCCUGUCUAAAACGAUGUUUAUUUCAGGUACAGUUGUAGAAUUACAGAAGUUGUACAUUGUGAUGAUUGCUGAACCACUUAUGGACGCCUCAUUUAUGUGUGAACGGGCACAUACAGUAAGGUCCCUUUGUUGUUA